AUGUUGAGUAUUAAAGUGGGAACGAGACAGCUGAUAAGAUGGAAGGAUAUGUCGUGCGAACGGUUGAUUUACUAUCAUUCAGGAGUGGGAGUGUUCGGUCAUCGACCGAAGAAAGUGAAUGAAACUGAGACUCCAGAACAUGUAUUUGUUAGAAGAUUCGAGAAUUGUAGGGCGCAGCAGCUGGUCAACGCUUACCGCACACACGGGCAUCUCAGAGCAACCAUCGACAAUGUCGAUUACGUUAAGGAAGACAGAACCGUCAAAGAAUUAAGUCUUUGGAGAUAUGGACUUCGUUCAACUGAUGCUGUUGACUUGGGUUUACUGUACGGAUAUGACGGCAAACAUUCCGUUCAAAAACUGGUGGACGAACUUGAGAAGAUAUAUUGUGGACCUAUUUCCUAUGAGUUCAGUUAUUUAGAGACAGAAGCGGAACGAGAAUGGUUUGCCGAACGCGUAGAGAGUCGACAAGACCCCGUAGACAAAAGUCGACAAAUAGAAAUUGCAAAAGAGUUGCUGCACUCCCAAGCAUGGGACAAAUUUUUGAGUGUCAAGUACCCUACAGUAAAGCGCUAUUGUGGUGAAGGCGCUGAAUCACUACUCACAUUCUUCUCUACAUUGUUUAGGUUGACAACUACUGACGGCGUAGAACAAGUAAUCCUAGCAAUGGCUCAUCGCGGCAAACUCAACGCACUAAGCGGUCUUCUUCAAUGCCCACCUGUCAAAAUCUUUCACAAAUUCAGCGGAAAACCAGAAUUCCCUGAAGAAGCAAAUGCGGUUUGCGAUAUUUCUACUCAUCUAAGUGUAUCAGCAGAUAUUACAGUAAACGAUAAAACAGUCAGAUUUUCUUUAUUAAAUAACCCAUCUCAUUUAGAGGCGGCGAAUCCGGUAUCCAUGGGUAAAACUAGAUCAAAACAACUGCGCUUAAUGGAAGGAGAUUAUUCAGGAGACGAUAAUACAAGAAUGGGUGACAAAGUGCUGAAUGUACAGAUACAUGGGGAUGCAGCCUUCACAGGUCAAGGAGUAAACCAAGAAACAUUGAUGUUGUCUCAAGCUCCGCAUUUCAAUGUUGGUGGAUCUUUACACGUUGUUGUUAAUAAUCAGGUUGGCUUUACUUUGCCAGCACUUCGCGGGCGGUCAUGUCGUUACGUGACCGAUUUAGCCAAAUCGAUAUACGUUCCUGUGAUACAUGUAAACGGGGAUCAUCCAGAACUAGUUGUGAAGGCCACGAAUAUCGCGUUCGAGUAUCAGAGGAAGUUCAGAAAGGAUGUAUUUAUUGAUUACAAUUGCUUCAGACGAUUGGGUCACAACGAGCUAGAUGACCCCACAUUUACAAAUCCGCUGUUGUACAAGCUCAUACAAAGCAGGAAGUCUAUUCCAGACGUAUAUGCCGAGAAGCUAACAUCGGAAGGAGUUUUGACAGCAGAGGAUGUAAACGACAUAUCAUCAGCUUACACGAAAUACUUACAAUCUCAAUACGAAAUGGUUCCAACUUAUAAACCUGAGGUGACAUAUUACCAAGAACAAUGGUCGGGAAUAACGUCGGCACCAAACGCUGUGGAAACCUUUAACACUGGAGUUGACGCUAAUAUGUUGAAGCUCAUCGGUCAAGCUUCUGUCACCGUUCCGGAUGACUUUAAUAUACACCCACAUCUCGCCAAAACUCAUGUAAAGAAUCGGCUGGACAAAAUCUUGAAGGAAAGGGAUAUUGAUUGGGCGACUGCUGAAGCUCUGGCCUUCGGUUCCUUACUCAUGGAAGGACGCCAUGUACGUUUAAGCGGAGAAGACGUCGGUAGAGGGACCUUCUCUCAUCGCCACGUGAUGUUAGUAGAUCAGCAGACUGAAGCGAUAAGGAUACCGCUCAACCACAUACACAAGGAUCAAAAAGCAUUUUUAGAAGUGGCAAAUUCAAUUUUAUCUGAAGAGGCCGUGUUGGGCUUUGAAUACGGUAUGGCGUACGAUUGUCCAGAUAAUCUUUGCAUUUGGGAAGCUCAGUUUGGAGACUUCUAUAAUGGCGCGCAAAUCAUUGUGGAUGCUUUCAUCGCGUCUGGAGAAUCUAAAUGGGUCCGUAGUAAUGGAUUAGUUAUGCUUCUACCUCACGGAUAUGACGGCGGAGCCUCCGAACACUCGUCAUGCAGAAUGGAGAGGUUUCUUCAGCUCACAGACAGUCUGGAAACCAAGCCUGACUCCGAAAAUGUGUGUCUACAUGUAGCCAACCCAACUACGCCUAGCCAGUACUUCCACUUGUUAAGAAGACAGGUCGUUCGUAGUUACAGGAAGCCGUUGGUUGUAGUUGCUCCGAAGUUAUUGCUGAGAUUAGCCGCGGCCGUAUCUCCUCUGUCCGAGUUUACUCCAGGGACAUAUUUCAAUAAUGUUAUUGGUGACAAUCUGGCUGAUCCGAAAAAAGUAAAACGAGUGAUUCUCGUCUGCGGUAAACAUUAUUAUGAACUUCAUAAGGAAAGAGUAAACGCAAGAAUUGAUGACGUCGCCAUUGUGAGAGUUGAAGCACUCGCACCUUUCCCUGUACAGGACUUACAAAGAGAACUGGAACGAUACCCUAAUGCAAGAAAGUUUAUAUGGAGUCAAGAGGAACACCGCAAUAUGGGUGCCUGGUCAUUCGUGAAGCCUAGAUUUGAAAAUCUUUUAGGAAGAAAGCUGGUAUACGCUGGAAGAGCAGAAGCGCCAACCCCAGCCGUUGGGACCUCAGUAUUGCACCGAGCUGAAGUAGAACAUGUGUUGAAAGAACCCCUGUAUAAUAUUAAAUAA